AUGUUUUGUGUAAUGCUUAUGUCUUUCUUGAAGUUUGCUGCAGUCUGGAUGACUAUUGCUGCAUCCUCGCUGGGCAGCCCCAGUGCCAGCGGCCCCAUGGUUCAGCCGUGUCAGGCCCCCCAGCAAUGGGAAGGCAGGACGGUCGAGUACGAGCAUUACACCGGCAGGAACACCAGGGCCGUGGUUUCCUAUGAUGGGCAGAACCAGCGCGUCAGAGUCCUGGAAGAAAGGAAGGGAUACAUCCCUUGCAAAAAAUUCUUUGAAUAUAUCUACCUGUACCAGAGUAGGCUGAUGUUUCAGAUUGAGCAGAUCACAAAGCAGUGCUCCAAGAUAUCUCUCCCUGAUGCUUGGGACCCCUAUGAUAUUCCAGAUAACUCCACCUAUGAGGAUCACUAUUUCAUUGGGGGACCCGAUGAUAAGAUAGAGGUGCAGGAAUGGUCAGACAGAAAACCUGCACGCAAAACUGAAGCCUGGGUUGGAGUUUACACAGUCAAGGACUGUUACCCUGUGCAGGAAACGUACACCAGGAACUCCAGCGUGACAACCUCCACCCGCUUUUUUGAUCUACACCUCGGGAUCAGUGACCCAGGCGUGUUCACUCCACCCAGCACCUGCCAGUCAGCCCGGCCAGGAAAGAUGAGUGACAGCUGCUGAUUGUGGACACCAGCUACCACAGACGUCAUCAAAAAUAAUAUACAAAAAAGAAAGUCCCAGCCUGCUGACAUGUUAACUGGAUUUUGAAGCUGCGAGAUGUCACAUGGGAGCAGUAAAAUGCAUUCUAAUUUGCUAGUUAGCCAAGUUAAUAUUUUAACUCAUUAAUGUCUGGUUUCGCAGACCCUGAAUAGCACUAAUUCUGGAUUACCUUAACUAAGGUAACAUCCAAGAUUAUUGCUAAUCAUGGUUUGUGAAACCAGCCAUAAGUGUUUACAGUUUUUGUAGAGAACUCUGUUUUCUGUUUAGUUUUUUGUAGAGAAGUCUGAUUGUAGUGAUUUUUUUGUUUGUCUGUUUUCUUGUCAAUUAAGUUAUUUAUUGAGUUACAGAAUAAUGUUUGUGUUCCUGAUUAAUAAGAUGUGCACUGUAUAAGUAGAUAUGGAGUAGAUGUUUUGUAUUAUUAUUACAGAGCAUUGAUUCAUUUUUAGGUACAAUAAACCAAUGAGGUUGGAAUCACAGAAAAUUAAACCAGUGGGUGUUACUAAACUAAACAGUGAAUAUAUUAAAUAUGUAAAAUGACACAAUAAUGUCAAUUUUAUCAUUGAAAUUGUGUUCUGAUGUAGAAAUGUUACAUGAACAGGAUGUACUCAAUUGCAGUACUAUAGUAAUAGAGUAAAACUUUGAUAGUAGUGAGUCUUUAGAUUCAACUCAAAAGACAAGAGCCACACUGAUGUCAUUCCAUGCAUUAGAUGGACAGCUCAGAAAAUGAACACCUAUUAAAUAAGUACUCAUUAAAUAAAAAUUGAUGUCAGCAAAGAGAUGUCAGUGUAUUUAACUAACGAGUUGUCAAGCAAAUAUAGCAAGAGGCUUCCAGGUCUGGUUAUCAAAAAUAUAUAUAUAAAAAACUGCAAUGUAAAUUAUAUUCUAAUAUGAUAUUUAAGUAGUUGUUUUUAUUUAGUUUGCAAUCUUGCCAUAUACUGUAGACUUACAAGCUUGUUGACUGUUGAGCUUAGCACAAACAAUAAUAAUAACCCUAUUAAGUGUUAACACAAGUUUUUGGCAUGUGUGUUUGGAAUUUUGAUUAAAUUAGGCCAUAUAACUAGGAAAUAAAGUGGAUUAUAAAGUGA